GAUAAACAAAGACAUUCACGGGCAGUUUGAUGUUAGCGUUUGAAAAGAAACUAAGCAAAACCAAAUAACCAUUUAUUGUUAUAAAUAUAUUUUUUAAUAAUUCUAAGAAAAAUAAAUUAUGAAAAAUGAUUAUUAAAAAGAUAACACUUAAGGGCUAUAAAAUAUUUAAUGGAGGCGCACAUCUCGGCCCAUUUUUUCCUGGAAUUAAUAUAAUAGUUGGAGAAAAUGGUUCUGGUAAAACACAUUUGCUUGAAGUAAUUGAAUUUGUAUUCAACAACAAAUGCGCAAAUUUAAAAAAAGAAAAAUUUAAUGAAUUAGUCCCUUAUAAAACUGUAUUUUACCCGAUGAUUAAUGUUACAAUUGAUUUCGAUAAUUCAGAAAAAACAUACAAAAAUCUUCCGGAAAAAUUUUCAAUACAGCGACUUACUACUAGCGAGACGGAUCAUUACAUAUAUGGUAUUCCUGACGAAUUCGGCUAUGUUAAUUCUGAGAAAAUAUCAAGAGAAGAAUUCGUAGAAUUACUUCGAAUCUUAGAAAUGAAUAUUUUUACUAAUUUAUCAGUUUUAAGAAAAGAUCAAGUUAUACAAUUUGCCACUGCAUCCAAUAACAAACGAUUAGAACUACUAUUAGAUACGAUUAGUUAUGAAGAGUGUAAAAAUGAUAGAUCAGAUACUUUGGUUAAAAUGAGAGACACAAAAAUGAUAAAAGACGAUGAAUGUUACGACAAGCUUGAAAAAAAAGAACAAAAAUUAACAUGGAUAGAAAAAAAAUUUUCACAACUCGAACAGAAAUUGAAAGAUCGGCUUGAAAACCAAAAAAAGGAAAAACAGGAGUAUGCAGAACUAAAAUGUGAACUCGAGAAACUUGAGUCAGAAUUAUCAAAAAACAAUACAAAUUUCCAAUUUCUCACAAAUAUAGAAAAAGAACUAACAGAAACAAUAAAUCAAUUGCGGAAUCAUGAAGCUGCAUUAAAGAUAUCAAUAUUUAAUAGUAAAAACAAUAACAAAGAACAAAAACGUACUUUGGAAAAAACAAAUCAGGAAUUAGAGUCUUUGGAUGAAAAAAUUUCUUUACAAGAGAAAACAGUUGAAUCAAUGAAAUCGGAAUUAUCUUUACUUACAGCCAAUAUUGAAAAGUUAGAAACAAAGUAUCGACAAGAAUUGUGGGAAUUGGAUUGUCUUCGUGUAAAAUUAUCAAAAGAUCAGUCAGUCAACGAAGAAAAAAAAGAUGAACUAAUUGACAAGAUUAUGAAAGAUUGGCAAGAAUCUUUUUCAAAAGAACCAGGAUAUGGAAAACGGCAAAGAGAUUCUCUAGAAGAAGGAAAUGAAGAAAAGAUUGAGUUAAUAAAUCAAAUUUCGUUGAUAAAAUUCAAGUUAGACAAUUUGGAAACUUUACGGGGAAACAAUUUGAAAGAAUUAGAGAUUCUUCAAGAAAAAAUCAAAACUGCAAGGAAUGAAUUAAAAAUUGUAGCACAGAAAAAAAAAGUAUCAGACAAAUCAAGAUUACAUUUUCAGAAAAUGAAAAUCGUAUCUUUAAAUAAUACUAUUUCACAAUAUUUGAAACAACAAAAUAUACUAAAAGAGCAGGAAGAGGAGCGUGUAGAAUGUAGGAUAUUAUUGAAGCGACAGCUCAAUAAACGAGAAUCUGAAUUGAAAUCGAUUUCAAGUGAUGAUGAUAAACAUAAAGAAGAAGAUAAUUUUGUAGAAAAGUUAUCUACAAGAGUUAAAGAGUUAGAAUUAAAACUAUGCAAUGCUGAUCAAGAAGAAAUAACUGUCGAAGAGUAUCGUAGAUGCAAAGAAUUAAUGAUUUCAACGACAGAUUUGUUCAAAUUAUGGAAAGCAGAAGAAAAAAAAGCUAUCGAAUUCAACCAAAAAAUAAGUUUCAAGGUGAAUGCAAUAAAAAAGUUUUUAAAACAAAAGAAUGAUUUGAAAAAAAAAAUACAAGAAACUACUGAAAAAGAAGAAAAAGAAAAUAGUCAGAUCAAAAGUCAAACUGAAGAUUUAGAAUCUACAGUGCAGAAGUUGAAAAAAGAAUGUGAAAGACGAAAAAAACAGCAAAUGGAGAUCGAAGAGAUCAAAAAGGAAAUAAAAAGAUUGACAGAUAGUAAAAAUUUUAAAAAAAAUGAAGCACGAAAAUUGGAAAUUAGCAUAAAUGAGAUUAAUUAUUUUCAAUCUGAAUACAAUGAAAUCCGUAAAACAUUCAGCGAAUCACAAUCUAAUCCUGAAUUACAAGUAUAUCAGGAGCUUGCUGUUAUUAAUGAUAAUUUGAAUAAUAUUGUUCAAAAAUUUAUGCCUCAUGGCCAUGCAGAACUAAUCUUUAUUAUUAAUGAUCGAGAAUAUACUGUUGAUCAAGCUAAAAACGUAAACCUUAAUGAUUACACUGGAGUUAGCAUAAAAUUUACUAAAUCCAAAGAUCAUUCAAUACAGAAUAUAGAUGAGCUAUUAGAUGAACAAAAAACCACAAUAGCACUGGCCUUAUUUUUAGCAAUCCAGAAAAGUUCUCCAAAACCAAUAAUUUUGUGUGAUGAAAUUGAUCAAGUUCUUCAAUGUACUUAUCGACAAAGUCUGAAUACAAUCUUAAAAGAGAUGAGUUCUAAGUCUCAAAUCUUUUUAACUACUUCCAAGCCCGAAAUACUUGAAGUUGGUGAUCAUUUUUAUAAAAUUAAUCCAUCAGCUUGCUAUCGGAAAAGAUUGAAUAUGCAACAAGCUCUGAAUGUAAUAAAAAACAUCAAACUCAACGAAAAAACUAACGAAGCUAUUAAAAAGCUCGAAGACGAAUGUUACUCUGCUCUUACGAAAACUAUAGCUGAUUUAGCUGAAAAGAAAAAUUGUCCUCCAGAUUUAAUUAUAAACCCAAUAGCUAUACGAGAAAUAAGCCAACAAAUGCCUAAUGACAAAGAAGAUAUGUUACUAAUUCGUCAUGUAAGAAAAAAUGUUUUUGCAAAGUGUGGUAAUGCUUGUUUAAAAGUAACAACUCUUUAUGCUGCUAAGAAAAAGAAAUUGUUAGAAGAGCGAGUACAAAAUGAAAUUAUCGAAGUGACUGAUACGGAUUCUGAUUGAUACUCAAAAUAUCCUGUAAACUUAAUCAAAAAACUUUUAGUAAGUAAGAAACUCUAUUGUUAUUGUCAAACUAAAAAUUAUGAAAAACGUCCUUAAACAUCUGCCUUGAAUUCUUGAUCUAAAGGCAGAAG